AGCCAAAUAAUCUCUUCAUUGAAGCACAAGCGCUGCCAAGUGGACCUGCAGAGGUAUACUCGCCGAAGAGCCAUGAAGGUCCUAGUUGUGCUCGUCCUUGCUGUUUUCACUGGCUGUAAUGCCAACCUCUUCUCUGCUGAUGAACCCAAGUCAAAGCUGGAUGAGUUGACUGAUGCAUUCUGGGGCUCAGUUAACAAAGCCAGGCGGACAGCUGAUGACACUUUGGAUAAGUUCAUGCAGACAGAGAUUGGGCAGAACGUGGGUGCCCGUCUAGCAGAAGGUGCUCAUGCGGCUUCUACUUAUGCUGAAAUAGCAUGGGAUCAACUUCCCACUACAGUCAAGGACUCAAUGGGCAGUGUCGGCAUGUUGCUCUACGGCAUUUCAGUACAAGCAGAUGAGGGGUUGACAACUUUCAAGAAAAAGAUUGAGCCCUUUGUUGAGAGGGUGGCGCCUGUAGCAGAGAAGGUCCAAAGCUUGCUGACUCAGAGAGCCGAGCAGGUUGCAGAAGUGGCCUCUCCCUACGUUGAUAAGCUGAUAGAAAAGCUAGACCCCAUGACUCAGGACGUCCAGACUCGUCUCACCAACCUGUUUGAUUCUUUUGACAAAACCAACCUUGGAGCCAUGAGGGUCCUUGUUGUGCUCGUCCUUAUUGUUUUCACUGGCUGUAAUGGCAACCUCUUGUAUGCUGAUAAAUCCAAAUCAAAGAUGGAUGGGCUGAUUGAUGCAUACUGGGACUAUGUUAGAAACACUGUUCGUUUUGUGAAAGAAAGCUUUGAGGUGAUCGAGCAGACUGAGUUUGGAAAGGAUUUGAGUGGCUGUCUAGGAGAGGGGGCCAAAUUGGCUGAGAUUUAUGCUGACACAGCCUGGGACCAGCUUUCCCCUGAAACAAAGGAUAAGUUCACCGCAAUCAUCAUAGUUGCUGGUGAAAUUGGCAGCCAGGUUCAAUUGGGGAUGUACACUGUGAAGAAACAACUUGAGUCUACAGUUGAGAAGAUGGCUCCCUUAGCAGAGCAGGUCACGAUCACACUGACUGCAAGAGCUGAGCAGCUGACAGAUAUGGCCUCCCCCUACGCUGAAAGGCUGAAAGAAAAGCUGGAGCCUGUGAUCCACAACAUGAAAACUCAUCUGAACGCCCUAUACCAGUCUACUGUCAAAACCAACUAAGUCAACCUCCUUCUGAGGCAGGACUGAAAGAAACGGCAUCAAACGGUAUUCUCUGAUUCCAAAAUGUAUCCUUGCAGGUUACAUCAAAGUACAGCAAAUCUAUUUUGAAGGCUGCACAUAUCUUUGGAUUUAUUUGAAGUAAGAAAAAGCUGAUAAAUGAUACAUAUUGAUACAUAUUUCACAAUCUUGUGAAAAAAGUAAAAGCAAAAAAAACUUCCUGGUUAACUUCAAAACGUGUUGGUAAAGUCUAAGGACGCCCAUUUGUGGUUCUUUUUGCAAAGUAAGGAAAA